CUUGCUUCCCACAAGCCCUUUCCUCUGCAGAAGUGAAACUAACAAAAAGCACUCCUUCCCUCUGUGCUAUCUGCUGAUCUGUAGUCUGCCACAAAACUAGAGCCUGGUUGGACUGGGGCAGUCAGACUCUGACAGGAUCAUGUCCUCUGUGCAGACCCUUGGAGGCCCCAGCCCCGGGCAGACCUGUGUGCUGAUUCUGAUCUUCACAGUCCUCCUGCAGUCCCUCUGUGUGGCUGUGACUUAUGUGUACUUCACCAACGAACUGAAACAGAUGCAGGACAAGUACUUCAAAAGUGGCAUUGAGUGUUUCUUAAAGGAAGACGAUAGUUCUUGGGAUCUUCAUGAUGAAGACAGUAUGAACAGUCCCUGCUGGCAAGUCAAGUGGCAACUACGUCAGUUCGUUAGAAAGAUGAUUUUGACACACUUUCCGGAAACCAUUCCUGCAUCUCAAGAAAGAAUAGAAAAUGGUUUUACCCUAGAGAAAGACAGAAGACCUCAGAGAACAGCAGCUCACAUAACAGGGAACAGGCAGAAAAGCACCAGAUCCUUAGAUUUAGCCUCCAAGCAUGAAAAGGCCUUGGGCCACAAGCUACAAUACUGGGAGUCAUCAAGGAAAGGACAUUCGUUCCUGAAUAAUUUGCACUUGAGGAAUGGAGAACUGGUUAUUCAUCAAACAGGGCUUUAUUACAUCUAUUCGCAAACGUACUUUCGAUUUCAAGAAGACGAAGAAAUUUCAGGAAAAGUUUCAAAGGAAGAGAACAAAAGGAGAAACAAACAAAUGGUACAAUAUAUUUACAAAUUAACAAGCUAUCCUGAACCUAUACUGCUGAUGAAGAGUGCAAGAAAUAGUUGUUGGUCCAAAGAUUCAGAGUACGGACUGUACUCCAUCUAUCAAGGGGGUCUGUUUGAACUUAAGGAAAAUGACAAAAUUUUUGUCUCUGUAAGUAAUGAAAGUUUGAUUGACUGGGACCAAGAAGCCAGCUUUUUUGGCACCUUUUUAAUUAGCUGAGUGAUCUGCAAAGAAAAAGGUUGUUUUAAUUGUUGUUUUUUGUUUUUCUUUUUUUCUGAGGCAGGGUCUCCCUUUACAGUUCAGA